AUGAUGGUUGCGAAGUUUUCUGGAGCAGGAGAAGGUGUUGUGCGAGAUGCGAAGGAAAUUUUCAUUUACAUGCACAGAAACUUCCGAGUGUCAAGGAAUAUCAGAGCACAUUGGUUGUUUGAUCACCUAAAUAAAACUGUGCACAUUGAGGAUUCUCCAGGAGAAGAUGAGUACAGCAAUGAGAUGAGCGUGGUGGGUAUUAUUCCUAAAGGCGGUGAAGCUGAGAACUAUGUUGUUGGGGAGCAAUUCAGAGUAUGUCUGGACACGAAGGUCACCUAUAUCUCUCGGUACUAUCGUCACGUCUUUGUUCUAGACCUCAGUCCUUCGACAAUAGUUGCAGAUGAGGAGAGUAGCUGUUGCCUCCACACGAAACUUUUAGAAUGUCUUCGACUCAGCAUGGCUUCAGUAGGCAAGAGCUUUACUAUACCUGGGACUCGUCGCAACUUUUGUCCACAAGUUUAUGUUAGUGUUUGCGUUUUCAUUCCUUUCCUUGCCUUCGAGCAGGAUUUGGUACUUGUACAAGGAGUCUUGCUAACCGAAAGUAGCAUCAAUAUAAUUCUGAACACAGUUACUCAGAAGUUUAACGAAUUACUUAACAGUUUGUAUGACUACUCUAAAUCCAUACUGCAGAAAUGGGGAGGAUUAAAGCGAAGGCACAGAAAUAAGUUUGACUCUACUUGUGGCGACGUUGAAUGUGUGGGAGAAUAUGAGACUGCCAGAACUUUAUCUGUGUGUACCGACGGAUCGCCCAGUAAGGACUCCGGCUAUGUUGUCUCGAGGUUUACACCAUCGCGUGCUCGCAACAUCAACAUCAUGGAUUAUGUGAAAGGAGUGUGGACUGUGAGCAGUGCUGCAGAAGAUGAAAGCAACACAAGGAACCCACUCUGCGACGGAUAUAUUCACCCGGAAUGGGCGUUAAUAUUUAUGUUGCGACUAGGCCUCAUUGCUGUGCAAAUGAUGCCUGAAAAUACCCAAUCUAACAUUAUUGUGAUCACGGAUGCCGUGUGUGGUAUGCCAGACGCACAUGCACUGCAACAGCUUUUGAGUCAGCUAAGAAGUUACACUGUGUCCUGUUCUUUUAUACAAUUACAAGGAAGAUCUCGCAGUGAAGCUUGCUUUGGCCAUGUUCCUUCAUGUGAACUUUUUCAUUUCUUGGCAAUGGCUACCUUCGGUGUCUAUAUACCUAAUUGUCGGUGCUCCAUUGGUGUCGACAUGAAUAACAUUCAUGAGCCACUGGUUUGUUCGGAUGCAGAGGAAGAAGUAGAUUUGGAGGAGUUCAAACCACUGAAUCCGUUCCACAGGGCACUUCUUUGUUGGUGCUUCCAGAAUGCACUACAGGACAACGUUCAUAUUACAAACCUUGUGAAUGAGAUCAACGCCGAAUUCGCACUACUUUAUAAGAAUGAUGUGGUAAGGCAUCGCUAUAUUCGCUCGAUCUAUCGAAGUGCGCUGCAUGAGAUUCUUUACAUCCGUUUGCGAGAAGGUUUUACACUGAAGCAAGUGAGGCUGUACCAAAAUGACACAAAAAUUGUAAUCGUUUUGAGUAUGCCAUUUCGUCCGCUAGUUUUUAUUGACUACACCAUAAUUGCGAAGUGGCCAUCCGACAAAAUGACCAGGGAAGACGUGACUGUGGACUUAGUAAUACAAGCUCCUUACCAUGAACUCAAGGACCUGCUUUCCGAGGGGCAGUUUCCCAAUACUGUAAGGCAAAAGCUUGUGAAGUCUUUGAGGAAUCUAAUAGACGACAUUUUGGAGGCUGAUCGAGUACUGUUGCAUAUCCAUGCAUUUAACUCGGAUCCAGUGUUCUAUCAGAUACCGCUGGGUGUUUCAAAAAAAAUACCCAUUUUCACCAUAGAAGAGAAGACGCAGGAAAUGAAUGUUUUUACAGGUGCUCAGGAAGAAAAUGCAAAAACAUUUGUCGGUUUUUGGAGCUCGCUAUGUCAGCUUAGCGAAAAGUCCUGGCAAAAAUGGGUUCAUAUGCACGCUGAGAGAAUCAUUUUGAGGAGUUCAAACCUACCGUUCAAUAUGUUUGGUGAAAAAAAUGACAUUAGGAUUGACUGCAAAGCCGCCGAGGACAAGUUGCAUGAUUUGCUCAGAGAACAGAGUUCUUUUUGUCUUGUGCAGCGUCAGACUUAUGUGACAUUUGUGUACGGGAAGAGCAGCAGUGUUCCUAUAUACUUCUACAUGGUGAAGGUCACUUUGGAACCACCAUGCCUAGUUCUCCGUACGGCUUUCCUUGGCGGGAUUAGCAGUACUGAAAGAAGAGAUGUGGUAGAUGCACUCCGUCGUCGUCUUCUCGAUCUCCGGCUUGUCAUCGACGGAGUAGUGAUUGAAGCUCUCUCGGUCAUUCGACGACCACUGGAACGCAUCAUGAUCAGAUACCGGUCGAUUCCUAAGGAUCUGCAAACAAUUGUCAGGGUGAAAGAGGAGGAAUUGAAUGAGGAUCCUAAACUCUUAAUACUGCACAAUGCUGUAAGCAAGUAUCUGGAAUGUCGGCGUCGCAUCUGGAAUCUUCCCCAACUGAAUAAUGCAAGCGAUAGAACUAUAAGAUCUACUGCUGAGUACAUACUCAGUGUACUAAUGCAAAGACGGCUCCAGGAAGGUUUCCGCGUGGCAUGGACUCACGAAGGAAUUGUGGGAUUCUGCCGACAAGUAAUCGUGCAAUCUGGUCCAGCGCUGCAACAAUACGUGAUAUUUCCGCCCACGAAGGCUGGUGUUGCGGUCUGCAUCGAUCGCGAAAGAUUGCCUAGUUUAUCAGAAGGAUGGAUAUAUCAGAAAGGAAAGUCUUCGUAUUCGCCCACGCACUGUUUUUACCGUACUUCUUCAAAGUUGCAGCAACAAGGACGUCAAUUGGCCUUAAGUAAGGUGCAUAACUAUCGGCUGCUACCGUCAGAAGAAAAAGAAAGGCAAAACGAUGGUCGACCGUUGGUACUGAUCGCUGAGUCGUGGUCGGAGCCUUGUGCUGUCUGUGAGAGUAAAGUGCUGCAGAGCCCAUCUGCCGCUGGCGAUGAUGAAGUUGUUUCUGUUCUUUUCACAAUUGAUCAGUUGUUACGAAUGUGUCAUGUACCGGCAAAUGGACCAGUAACGCUCAAGGUAUCUUCCCGUACACUGGAUUCUCCUCACGUGACGAAGACUCUUUCUGGAUGUGUCAGUGUUGUACAUCAACCAUUUGAUUUACCGAAGCUGCUGCUACGUUCGGAAAGGUGCCUUGUUAUCCUACCCUCGAUCGAGAAUGCACCCGAUCUACUUCUGUUGGCAAUUCAUGAGGAGCUCUCGAGUUGUUUCGAUGCAUGUUUUUUGGUCGAGGAUGUGUCAUUCUGGACACAGGUAGCGCCGUUGGUUCGACUCAUGGGUGACUUCAAUGCUGAAUUGCCAGGAAUGGUCUGCCGUGUCUAUAUGAGAGAGGAGUCUCCUUGGGUGCUGAGCAUAAUUGUUGUACCGGCAACAGUGAGUAGCAUUGAAGUUUUAGGUGGCGUGCCGCUGCUGUUCUGUAUUUGUGAUGAGCCAAUCUUGGCCAACGACCUCGCAAAGCGCAGAACACCAAAGUCUCCACUGGUUUUAGAUUGGCGUCUCGCACGUUCCUCUUCUGAAAAGAGUGAAAAGGAGACUACGGAAAUUGAACCACCUUCUAUGGAGUGGGUGUCGAGCACCCGUUGUCUGGAAGUAUUAAAAGAAAACUACAAACCAGAACGACUUACGGACGUUAUCAAUGACGUUUAUGAGGUUGUGAUUUGUAAAGCAGUCGUAUCAGCAUUGUACACAGCUGUCCAGUCUGGCGUUGCUAUUGAUCAUGCCGUUGUCCAUAGUAUACUCAACGAGCAGUGCGAGUGCACAAGCCUUGAAGUAGACGGUGUGCGAAGAAGUUUGAAAAGCUUCUGUUUUCAUCUGAAUCCCAAUGCGAAGAAUAACUGUAAUCCGAGUUUUUCGUACUGUGGAGAUGACAAGGUGCAACUCUCAUUUGGAAAAAUUCUCCUCGGGUCGUUCAAACAAGUCCCCGGUUUGCCGUACUAUUAUUAUACACCACAACACAAAGAAGCUGAUGGGAGAUCUCUUGGAGCAUCAGAAAUGGCAUCAUUUAACGGGCUGUUCAACGACCACGCCCCACGAGAAUGGGAUGGGGCUCUGCUGGAGAGGAGGGACAGUGAAGAUUGCACCGCCGAUGAUGCGUUUCUAGCCACCUGUUCGCUGAGGAGAUCUGACCGCGCACCUAACUUAUUCCGACUAACAUAUGCAUUGAAUGAAAGAGAAAAUGAGAAACUGAAAAAUGUCAAAGGAAAGCCUGUGACGAAUCCUCAUGGAGAGAAUUUCCCGCUUUUCGUGUACUUUUUGUGUUCUGUGGAGUAUCCAGACGGGUCGAUGGAUACAUUUCCUGUCACGUUUUUGCCCACUUGUGUCCACGAUGUGCUAAAAGAGAGCGCCGCAAAGCCGAGUAUUGGUUUUGAUGUCACCAGUGUAAUUAUUCGACUCGACUUGUACGUUAUGACAUGGCCAAGUGAGAAAAAAAAUUUGCAAGAGGAAAAUGACAGUGAAUCUGAGGAAGAUACAAAUUCGCAAAGGCAGAUCAGAUUUCUUGCAAAACUACCAAAAAGAGCAAGAGCAGUGGUGAAUGACCUGAUGAAUAGAUUGAAUCACCUUGUUGAGUUGGAAACGGUGCUAAUGGAUAGCAGGAAGUCCUGCAUAACGAAGACAGAGAUUCAGAGAAUCUCUUCUUAUAUCGAGCAUGAGUGUACCAGAGAGAAAACGUACAAGUCAGGUCAGUUUGAAACUCGUUUUCGGAAAUUUCCUUUGGUAAUCGAGUGCCAACAAGCCAUGGAUCGUUUAAAGGAAAGAAUGAAUGGUAUGUAUCUGGAGUACUGUAUUCUGCGUCGACUGAGCGAUUCAAAUAUGUACUUCUGUUGUCAGGUGGAAGAUAUUCAGGCCUUUGAACGCUAUGUCCGUCAAAAAAGUGGAAGUAGAAGUGAUUCAUGUGAAACAAAAGAAUUUAUCAGACGGGAUCAAUUGUUUGAUUUUUGGGUGAUUCUGACUAUCGAUGAUAGUAUUAAAUUACAGUUUUGUCAGAGAGAAAACGGCCAACAUUAUCGUAUUUUUGAGCUGGCAUGGCGCAAAUGUAGACAAGCUAUUCGUGUUAUUAAUCAGGAACUACUUUUGAAUCGCAUGUUUGAACUAAGAGAAUGUGAUCCACUACUAAUGACGAAUAUGUACGACUCGAUCUCUACUCAUGAAAGUUCGUUAGAUCGGAGUAGCACGUCUUCAGUUUCGGAAGAACAUGAAGUGGACCAUCACAUAGCGCAUGGUGCACGUUUCACUUUUGCACCUGGAUACUUUGCUUGUAAGCUUCAAGAGCAACUCUGGUUUGAAGUUCACCCCCGUCUGCGUGUGCCGCGUAGCAACACGCGCGACCCACUUGCGAUCGGCUGCGAAACCCUGCGUAUCUCACUGGAGCAGUUUGCCAUAAGGAAUAUACCAAAUACCUAUGUGGUGAGGGAGUCUGGUGGCACAGUGUCGUAUAUGCAAUUGCAUACAUCGGUAGAAACGUUCAAAGCGUCUUUAAAAGUUAAUCGAAUUACCACGAAGAAGAGAAAACAAGCUGACGAAACUGAGCGUUUCAAGACUCAUGUACUCCUGGCUAUUUACGGUGUAGAGAAACCUGGACACGAAAUCUGUGAGGUGUUAAACGACUGCCUUCGUAAGCGCUUAGAUCAAGUCACCCUCAAUCAUUUGAUAGAUACAUUGACCAAAAACACGCAGACAAGACUGGAUUGUGCGGAUGUGCAGUUCCUACAACGUGACCCAGCUUCACCUGCUGAUGUGUUCAAUUAUUCAAUUCCCAAUUCAAUGGCUCAGUUUUUGCAACCACUCAACUACUAUACUCAUCAGCAUAUGCAGGCAGCGAUGCCGUCGGCCAGAUAUAAGGAUGAUUAUGGUUCGGGAAGCAUCCACGGAUCUGACAGAUCUAUCUUUCUUCCAUUGCCGUUUCCCGGAAAACAGCCCGAAUCCUAUGUGCCAAUUUUCUACUUGCUUGUGAAAUCUCCCCAAGGAGGAAUUCGAACCACUGGAAUUGCUGCUAUUGAGCUACGAUUUGUGACCAGUAACGGCACGAUGGCGACUUUAACAGGCGGUCGACUCACCAACUCGACUCACCUUAGCUUAGCACCGGAUGAUAUUGAUGACUCUGAAAGGGAACCUUUUUACAAAAGAAUGACGUCCACAGUUAGAUGCAAGGUACUCCAAGAACUUCCAGAUGUUUGCGCCUACGCACAAGUAGCAGUUUGGCAAGCUGGUGAUGUUGAUCUUCUUCAACUUGAUGACCAGCUUCGACAUGUUGUGCAGUUGGGUAUGUGUGAUGUGGUAACUGAAUUUGGAAUUCUGAAUUUGAGCGUAAUCGAAGUUGGCGCGCAGUUGCCUGUCAGCCCAGGACUCCAUGCAAGCCCUCAAUCAAGAUCUGCUUCAUCUGCAAAGAAUUCCACGUCAACGUCGGAGAAGCGUCAGCAGCUGCGAAAACGUGAUUCGUCUGAAGCACUGCCAGUAACUUCAACUCCGAAUCUCCCAGUAGACUCAUCUGUCAGAAGCAAAGCGAAUUCGGUGUUCUCUUUCGAAACACGGAGAGGAUCAUUUACUUCUGAAACUGACAGGAUGUCAACGGAUUACGUGUUACCAAGCCGGUCACCAGACUAUGUUAAUCCGAUGUUUGUGUCUUCCGCAGCGCCAUGGUUUGACUAUGUAGUGGAAAAACACUCAGGAAACUCACCUUCUUUCAUGACUGAGAAAGGGGAACGAUACACUUCAGUUCUAAGGCAUUCUUGGGUGUUCGACUGCAAACAAACUGUAAGUAAGGCACUACGAGAAAUUGCCGAUCAUAUUCUGGAACAAGUUCGUAACGUGGAUACAGUUUACCCUGACCGGGUGCAGAUAUUCGAACCAACUCCACGGUUGUUAGACCAGGCUCCAUUCAGCUCCAUUUCAUCAGAAAGUGGAACCUUAAAAUACCGCGAGCGGCGCUACGAAGCUUCCUUGGCCAAUGUGCAGUAUUGCAUGAGCGCUGAUAUUGGGCGAGAUCCCUAUACUUGUGAAAUGCCUGAUGCAGUUUUAGUUUGUCAGGAGAUGCAAGUAGCUAUAGAGACACAGAGAUUUGGUUUUGACCCGGUUGGCACGUGUCCAGAAAUACUGCUCCGAUUGAACCACGGAGUGUCCAAAGAACUCUUCCUCCCGUGUACGGAAGAAGGUCAAUUUGUACCGCGACGUAGAGUACUCUACGGCACUGUAUAUGGAGAGAAAGUGACCUUGUAUUUCUACAACUUCAUGCCAUUUCUGUCGGCAUCCUUGAUGAACAUGGUGGCCAGAGCAACGUCAUGGUACAAUUCUCGAGCACGGCUUGUGAGAGAAAUUGGCCUCCAUAAGAUGGGAAUCAGUCAUUUAUCUCCUCUGGAGCACCUUCAUUCGUCUUCUGACAACCCAUACCUAGUACUUGUAUGGCGCCACCCAGAAGAGCUAGUGGAUAAAGACUACCCUCCCGAUGACCUUCAGGUGACAGCGAUUGAUGCACUGCCAAAAGGAUAUUCGAAAAGUCUCUUCAGACUAUAUCGUCGUGCUUAUCAUCCGUAUCUGUUCUUGAAUCGCUCCCCAUGUCUAAUACAAGAUCAACUAGAACAGAUGCGUUAUAUAAGGAGAAAUGUGCGGGAACAGCUUAACAUGACAAGAACAUUCUCAUCUAUACACGAUCUAUUACUUGAUGGGAGAAACACGAUUUCGGAAUCCGAUCUGGGGAAAAUAAAGGCGGCUAGCAAGUUGGUCCACUUUGUAGAAACACCUGUUCUUUUUUUCCCGAAAUGGAGGCGUAAUAUUGCCAUAGUCCGCCAGGUCCGAAGGAUUGCUGAGCUAGAUACACGAAAAACAAAAAUCCCUACUGGUUCACAACAACCUUCCACCACCACUCGUCAGCGGGCAAAUACGUUAAGCGUCACUUCGUUGGCACCCACUCCGUUCCGAAUAAAGUCGGAAAUAGGUAGUGAAGAUCCUUGUCAGGCAAAAAUUCUUUAUCUGUUGAUGGGUGACUACAUAAUGUAUCUAAGUUCCCUUGGAUUACAAUUGGUGAACGUAACCAAUUUGGACCGAAGGAGUGAAGAACGGUAUAUGUACACUACAACUUAUCCUCAAGGAUGUAAAUAUGCUCCAUAUGUAGUGAUGCAUAGAACGAUGAAAGGUGGCAUCGUACUGGCUACGAUUUCCUUCACGCAGCCGUACUUUGCUUUCAAAGUUUUUAUAUGGCAUCCGACAAAUUUAUGCGAAGCGAUAAACGAGGAAGAAUCUUGCCCCGAUGCUGUCCGCAAAAUCCGUGAACUUCAACAAUUCAAAGACCUGAUCACAACGCAAUGUCAUAUUCAUUCGUUCACCUAUGACUUCCACUUAAGGAUGUUGAGCAAGUACUUGGUUGGAAAGGAUAAGGUACUGUUUUCUCCUGGAUACAACACUCAUGCAUUUCUUGUGGAUUUUCUCGAGUACUACGGUUGUAGGCCACCGAGUGCAAGGAAUUGUGUUUACGAGGAACGUUGCACGUAUAGUUUACAACACGGUGUUCGUGGCAGUGACGUUUGGGACCACUUCCUGAGUUGUGACAAAACAUACGGAUGGACGGUGUUGAAGCUGAAGAACAGCGAGGAACGUUCUGCUGACCAACGUCGCGACGAUUUCAUGCUAGUGUCGAGUAUUAAUGUUACGUCAAAUGAUGGAGCCAAAGAGCUCUUUCGAGUCGUGCUUCGGGACAAAAGGAUUGAAAGAGAUGGACUACAUAUAGUUUUUUAUUUGAUAGCUGUUGCUAUUGAUCAAACCUCUCCUUUGGAGGAGGAACGACAUCGCGAGGACUCGAGACAAAGCGAAGUUGGAGAGUUUAAAAGCUUUGAAAAGAAGGAGACACCGAUUAAGCAGAAUAACGACGAUACGAUUAGGGAAAGAAUCGAUGACGACACGAUGGGAGAUGGAAAUUUCUCAACAUCAUCUAGACGACGUUUCUCAAGUGGUGGCCAUCUUUACGCAGUUACGUCAGCAUUUGUUGCGAAUAAACCCCAGAAUUUAGAUGCGGAGUCUAUUUUGAACUCUCCACGCUGCAGCGAAAGUUUCAUGAAAGGGGCCGAGUCAGACGGAGACGUUCACAGAGUGGCCAUCCAGGGAAUAGCUCCUAGACGUCACAGAAAACCAGGUUGUAGUGAAGAUGGCACGAUACCUGGGGAACAUGUGACGUAUGUGCACUUUCUCAGCGGUCGUCAAAGAAUACUACAAAAAGAAGUAGAAGAUGCUGUCUCGCAGUACAGCACCCAGCUAGCCGAUUGCGUGAAAGAGGCCGAGUUUUUGUGCAGACGUGCUAUUAUGUGGAAACAGGUGUUGUUGCGAAAACCUGGUCGUCCUACACAACCAACCACAGCGUUUAGUAGUAUCCUCCUUGGUUCGAAUCCAAAUAGAAGCCUGGAUCCAUGGCAGCCGCUAAGGUCAGUAUUACAUCAUGAUGCGAUGAAACCAUCAGAGUUGAAGACACUAAUUCAUGUGGUUGGUCGAAUCUACAUGGAAAGCAGAGAACCGAGGCUUCGAGAAUUAUUGAAAGGGUCGAACUGCGCCAGGCUUUGCCGGUUUCUAUUUGCUCGCUUUGGACCGGAUAGAUGUCGAUUUUUUGAGUUCCCAAAUUCGACUGAGAAGUGUUUGAUUUUAACCAACCCGGAUUUGGAUGCUAUGUUUCUCAUCGAGUGUGCAAGUGAGGUAACUCCCAUCCUUAGUGUUCUACUGAAAGAGCCAAAUCUUGUAGAAAAUACACAAGAUGAGUCAAAGCUUUUCCGACAGCAUCGCCUUGAUGUAGCAUUUGAUGAUUUGGUUGCGUGCGUCACAGCAUUUCUGUGGACAGAUCUUUUGCAGAAACCACCGGGGACACAGUAG